CAUCUACUCUUGCAAUCCAGUCUUCAUUCACAUUCAUCUGUUCUCGUUCAAUCUCACCGGCACGUACACAAUGCACGCCUUCCUUGGUAACCCUGAUAGACAAUUAGCCUGCGCCGAAUUUAUCCAAGCUUUGGAGGAAUGUCACUCCAGAGGCUAUCUUGCCAGGCUCGUUGGGGUCUGUAACGAUCAAAAGGCUGCUUUGGGAGCUUGUCUGAGGCAAGAACGAUUGGAGCGAACUGAGAGGAACCGCAAUGCCGCCAAGGAGAGAACAGCAAAGAAGAAGGCCGUCUGGGAGGCAUUGGAGCGGGAGAAGGCCGAGGAAACCGGUAAAGUUUAAAAGUAUACGAUGAAAGCAGAUGAAAGGUUGCUUGCGAUGUCAGGCAUGUCGUCUCGACUAUACAUUGUACUUAUAGAUAUCGUCAAUCAAUUGUCACUUCUCUUAUCAUUACUAUUGUCCAUCGAAAUGCAUCUAUUGGGUUCAGGUAAAAUAAGGCCGUA